AUGACCACACCCACGCAGCCAAGCUUUCCCGUGGUCCCUCGUCCUUAUCGCGGUCCAUGCCAGUACAAGGGAGGUCGGUGCCCCAACGAACGCACACUCAAACGCACGGGCGAGCCCCACACGCUGUGCGAAGCCCACCGCGUCCGCCACAACAAGAUUCAAUGUAAAUCCGACACAAAGAUGCGCCAGCUCAAGCGCGUCAUGGCCCUACGAAAGCAAGCGGCGCGCAACGUGCACACGUCGACCCUGCUCGUCCCACGCCACGGCACGCCGCCAGUCAAGGUGGACACGCCGCCGGCGACAGUCGAUUUCCUUCCGGAAGAGAUCUUUAUAUUUAUGGGCAUGAUGGGCCUUCGCGACGUGUGCGACGAUUCCGUCGAGGUGUCAAGUGUCGACCUGGAUGGCCUUUGGUUAUUGUGA